AUGCCAGUCCUUCGCUCUGGUUCGACGGUCAGCUUUGUGAACCGACGAAAUGCGCGCCGACAUGGCUUUCGCGUACCAGUCAAGCCGAACCCCCAGCAGACGAGGCCAAAGGCCAACAGCACCGGUGCACAGUCAAGAAACCGUUCGACUCCGGUCGACCUUGCAGCUCUGACUCGAAAUAUCCGCUACCGACAACGUGCGCGUGCCAACGGACUCGCCACCGGCGACAGCGCAGACACUCUCCGCGAAAAGCGCCGCUGGGUUCAGACCGAAUUCGACGCAAGCCGCAUCAAUGGCAAAGCGACGCCGGAGCUGCACGAUCUAUACAACAAGAGAAAUAUCGGCAAGCCACAGCAUCAGCGGAAAAUGGCUCAAAGCCUUUCCGACGCCGCCAAAGAAGCCAAACGGCGGCUUGAGGAGGUCUUCGGACAGAGGUCAGGUCUCAGAGCCGUGGCCGGCGCCGUGGGCCACUCCUUGGGUGAUGAUUCCGGUGACGCAGCAAUCGCACAGCCAUCUGACGGCGAAGCAGUUCAUACCACCAAGCGUCCCGCAGCCCAUCUUACCGCAGACAAUGACGCGGCAGCCCGGCAGUUGGUGCUUGCUAAAGGAUAUGAGCUGGCAGACUACAGUGGUGGGAACCAGGGGAUUGGUGCGGAGGCUGACAACACGGAAGAAGGAGAAGAGGAGGAAGGGGACGAAAUAGAGAUUAAGAUGGAGGAAGACGCGGAUGAGGGUCUGAAGUCUUGA